CGACUCCUAAUUUGUCGCAGCUGAGAACUGAGUCUGUUCUUAAGACCUUCUCCUACUACAAACAAUCGCGCUCUCCAGCUGCGCGCUCCCACUGGCUUUUGGCUAGUGACGUCUUAUCCUAUCCUCGACCCUUUCCGGACAGACGCGCCUGCAACGUGGCCGACGUUCGGCGUCGCAUUUAAGUGCCCGCCCGAUCAGCACGAUUGUCAACUCCCGCGAACGCCUCCCUCUAUCCCCAUCUUUGCGGCCAGUUAUCAUCAUGGUACGCUCGCUGCCAAAGAAGAACAACCCGUUCGUCACUCCCGACGCGGCACCUCCCUAUGAGGAAUUGCUUAUGCGCCGUCGUCUGGGAAAGACCAAUCUUGCUGUUAAGCCCACUCAAGUGGGCACCUCAAAUGCGACCAAGCCGGAAAAUCUUGGACCUUUUGAGUAUGCUCAUCUGCGCGCACCUCUACCCAAGGACCUGAAAGGGUCCGAGAUCUUCCCAUCGCACUCCCCGCAGCAGCAUCCAGAGACAUAUUUUCUGAUGCGACGAAGCAAGGACGGGUACGUGAGCGCGACUGGCAUGUUCAAAAUUGCUUUCCCAUGGGCCAAGCUCGAGGAAGAACGAUCCGAACGCGAAUACCUCAAGACGCGCCCAGAAACGAGCGAGGACGAAAUCGCCGGAAAUGUUUGGAUCUCCCCAGUAUUGGCGCUCGAGCUGGCUGCCGAAUACAAAAUGUACGAUUGGGUCCGGGCCCUGCUUGACCCUACGGAGAUCAUCCAAAGCCCAUCUAGCGCGAAAAAGCAGAUCACGCCUCCUCCGAAAUUCGAACUGCCGCCCAUUCAAGCUCCAGAGGCACUCGUCCCUUCAUCCCGUACGAGAAGCCGUCGAUCAGCUUCUCCCAGCAAGAAAGCUGGCACCCCGCGCAAGCCCAGGCAAACUAAGGCACAGAAAGAAGCCGCUGUGGCGGCCACAAACGAGGCCAACGCGACACUUCAGAGUGCCCUGGAUGACACAGUUUCAAAUGCAGACGGUGAAAUAAAUGGAGACGUGUUGCCCAGUGUGGAAGACAAGAGAGAGCCGGAAACGUCGCCCGUCAAGGGCAAGAAAGCAGCUGCAAAGGCGAAGAAACAGGCCGUUUCCGAGGAGGAUCAAGAGGAUAAAGUCAAGAUCGAAAUCAAGUCGGAUGCUGCCGAAGGGAGCGAUGUCCAAGCAGCCCAGACUACCAUUUCCGUCGAGAUGCCCAUCUCUUUGCCAGAGGCUCCGUCUGCCGAAGACACACAAGAAAUGAUCGCGAAGGCCAAAGAAAUGGUUAAGGAGGCUGUCAAGCUCCAGCAAGAACCCGCUGAAUCGUCAGCAACUGCUAAGAAACGUGGAGCCGAGGAGGCGGAGCUCGGCGAAGAAGAAGAAGACGAGGAGACCAAGACACUACGGACGAAGAGAGCCAAGGUUCUGGAAGAGAAGUUGAAGCGUGAGCGUGUUCGCAACCGUGCUCUAAUGGGUGUGACCGCAGCCUUCGCUCUCGCAGCAUCUAUCCCUUAUUUCUUCUAGAAAACCUGCUCUCGUGCUGCUAGAAGCCUGAGCUACAACUCAUCAAGAUUAUGGUCAUAACCCCCUCUGAUUCCCUCGAUUUUGAUCAUUGCCCAUCCUCGCUUGGAUCUGAAUUAUCUCCUCUUUAUUCCUUAUAACUCCUUCGCUGUCACAUGCCUAAGUUGAAACCUUGGCUGGAGCUCUCCAAGGCCCUUCGAAACGCGGCAAGAAUGAUGUACUGUGUCCAUGUUUAUUUAUCACGUUAUAAUACCUCCCCCCCUUUGGUUGUCAGGUUCGCAUCUCCAUUCCGAAGAGCAGCGAUUAUCUCGUCGUCUCAGCGAUCGACGCUCGUUUUUAACGUGCGCGUUCUCCUACCUCCUACCUCCUGGAUACUCGAUACUCGGUUCUUAAUCCUUUCCUUCGCAAGGUUCCUGUUUCUUUUUCUUCUCUGUUACAACAUUUCGCAGCAAGAGCUAGUGCCUUUCCAGGAAGAUGACGGAUCAUCGCUAGGGUAUUUAAGAACAAUACAAACGAAUAAACCCGA